AGCCAAGGUCACACUGCUUACGCAUUGUUGUUGUGUGCUGCCCUAUAAAUUGCUGGAUAUUUCCAUUACAGUGCUCAUUUUUUGUUGUUCCCGCAAGCAAAUUUGUCGUUUUCCAGCAAUCCACUGCAAUUCCCCAUCGAUUCAAUCAGCAAAGUGAACGACUAGCAGCAACGACGCAGUUGUGAUUUGGCAAUGUUAAUACUGCUGACAGCCGUGUUUUAACCGAUCGAAAAAGCAGUAAACAACCGUCAGAAUGCAGCGCCCGCACUUUCCUCUGCUGGCGUCGCUGCUUCUCCUGAUUCUGGGACACACACAGGUGUCCGCCGAGGAGCUCAACAUUGUCCACUUUCAGCCGGAGCAAGUGCACCUGGCCUUCGGAGAACGCACCGAUAGCGAGAUAGUCGUCACUUGGUCCACCCGCAGCCUGCCGCCGGAUCCGGAAGUGGGCGCGGCCAGCGUGGUGGAGUUCGGCCAACUGGUGGCCGGACAGGCCAACCUCAACCAACAGUCCCGGGGAAUCGCCACCAAGUUCGUGGACGGCGGCCACAAGCAGGCCUCGCAGUUCAUCCACAGGGUGACGCUCAGCGAUCUGAAGCCAAACACUACUUAUGCCUACCACUGCGGCAGUGACUUCGGAUGGUCGGCGAUCUUCCAGUUCCGUACGGUGCCGUCCGACUCCGUGGACUGGUCGCCAUCGCUGGCCAUCUACGGGGACAUGGGCAACGAGAACGCCCAGUCCCUGGCCCGAUUGCAGCAGGAGACGCAGCGCGGCAUGUACGACGCCAUCAUCCACGUGGGCGACUUUGCCUACGACAUGAACUCGAACAACGCGCGCGUUGGCGACGAGUUCAUGCGGCAGAUCGAGACGGUGGCCGCCUACCUGCCCUACAUGGUGGUGCCCGGCAACCACGAGGAGAAGUUCAACUUCUCAAACUACCGCGCCCGCUUCAGCAUGCCGGGUGGCACGGAGAAUCUGUUCUACAGCUUCGACCUGGGACCAGUUCACUUCGUGGGAAUCAGCACGGAGGUCUACUACUUCCUCAACUACGGCUUGAAGCCGCUGGUCUUCCAAUUCGAGUGGCUGCGCGCGGAUCUGGCCAAAGCCAAUCUGCCGGAGAAUCGGGAACGCCGUCCCUGGAUCAUCCUCUACGGCCAUCGGCCGAUGUACUGCAGCAACGAGAACGACAACGAUUGCACCCACUCGGAGACGCUCACCCGGGUGGGCUGGCCCUUCGUCCACAUGUUCGGACUGGAGCCGCUGCUGUACGAGUUCGGCGUGGACGUGGCCAUCUGGGCGCACGAGCACUCGUACGAGCGACUGUGGCCCAUCUACGACUACGAGGUGCGCAACGGGACGCUGAAGGACUCGCCGUACGAGGAUCCCCGCGCCCCGGUGCACAUCGUCACCGGAUCCGCCGGCUGCAAGGAGGGCAGGGAGCCGUUCAAGGGCAAGAUACCCGAGUGGAGUGCCUUCCACAGCCAGGAUUACGGGUACACACGCUUAAGGGCGCACAAUCGCACUCACCUGCACUUCGAGCAGGUUUCGGAUGACAAGAACGGGGCCAUCAUCGAUGACUUCUGGCUGGUCAAGUCCAAGCACGGCAGCUACCGGGACUAACAAGAAACUGAACUGUUGACCUGACCUGAACCAAACCAAUCAUAGCUAAAGGAGUCUCCAGAGGCAUCGCACGCAUUAUUAGCAACUGGCAGUAUUAGAAGCGCACACUCUACUCGACCUGAUUCGAUCACAAACCAUCGCAACUAGCGUGGCACAUUCCUUACACCCAGAUAUCUCAACCCCAGAAGAAACCCCGGAACACACUACAGUUUUUUACUUAGCCAAUUUUACAAACUACGCAUUUACACAUUCGCAAGCGCUUUUAUGUGCAUUUAACAUGAAGCCCUCAAACGAAACUGGCACGAGGUAUCUCGAGUCUGUUCAUAGUUUUGUAUCUGUUUCGUGUGUACCUUCAUGUUCGACAACUGGUACUCGUGAUUUGCUCGUUAAAUAAGAAGACUUUUAAGGUUUACAUAUUACCAGUAUCAGGUAUAACUUUACUGCUUUUACUUUGGUGAUAAACAGUAUCGGUUUCUCACACAAAGUUUUUGGUAUACUUAACUGGCGACUAUGCUAGACAAUUUAAUACCUACUUUUACUUAUCCACACCUAUGUAUGUAUCUCAGAAAUCACAUUUGCUUUAUAUUAGAUUUUAAAGUGUACCUUAUUAUUGUCGCUUAGGUUAAUUCAUUUGAUUUAUCCCGAAGACCUAUUUCUAACUUCAUAAAUGUGUAUGUAUAUAGUUAUAUUUUUUAUUUCCUUUUUUAAACAUCCACAUUAUUUUUUCCCCCGAAUUAAUAUGAUCCUAUAAAAAGGAAAUACGAGUACCGGGUGUUUAAAUAGUCAAGGCAAUCCGACUAUAUUGGUUGUUGUUUAAAUAUAACUAAAAUCUUCACAAUAAAUGGCUUGCAUUAUUAA